AUAUUUGUUUCAUUUGCUAGUAAAUAAUAAGUUUGUAUAAAUCUUGUUGUUGUGGAAGUGAAUAGUGGAUAUGGGAUAUUGUGUUUAAUUAUAACUAAAUUCAAUUCAAUCGUAGAAUCAUCAUAUUUUUUUCGUCCACGACGUUUGUUUUACAGCCAUUAAGUAAGCCAAGUAUUAAAAAUAUCAUUUUUUCCACUGUCACUGUUUCUUACUCCAUGGACGAAUUAACUCCUUUCCAUCCUAAAAUCAUGAGUAAAACACGGACUGCAGGAGAUGGCAUGGAAUCAGAUGAAAUUGCCACUGAGGCAGUGCAGAAAGUUACCGGGAAGUCUACCAUUCGAACUGCAGGCAAAGAGACCCUUCUCCCAGGCCGACUUAUCCAGGUCUACCCCACCAGUGUUGUUAGAGCAGAAAAGAAAAGGCAACUUAAUUCCAAAAGCCCCAAAUUUGUUCCUUAUGAGCCUUACCCAGCGGCUGUUAAGCCAAUAGUGCCUCAAACAGUUUCCAAGUCUAAGAAAUCUAAGAAUAACAUGGACAUCAAUGUACUUAUAUCCCAGAUGUCGCAAAUGGACACAAAAUUGAAUGAGUUUAAGCCUAGGCCAAAGUUAACAUCGUCUAGUUCAGUAGAUCCUGCAGCAGUGGAACCUGAUAAACAUAACCCUGAGAAAGCUGAAAUGCAGGCUAAUAUUGACAAACUGAUAGAGGAGAAUGAGUCUUUAAAGGAUCAGUUGAAACAGCAAGUUCAGGUAAACAAAGAAUUAAAAACAAUGCUCGUGGCAUCCAUGGGUGAAGAUUUGGAGAUCCAAGUGCAGUCACUCAAUGAGGACAAGAAGCAUUUGGCCGAUGCCUUGUUGAACUCUGCUCAGCACUUGUCAACCCAUCAAGAGCAAACAGAAUGGUUAGCAGGUCAAUGUGAAGUGUGGAGAAGCAAAUUUCUUGCUAGCAGCCUGAUGGUGGAAGAGCUUGCAAACUGGAAGAAAGUUCUCAACGAAAAAACCGUAAAUUUACAACAAGCAUUAAAGCAAUUGCUAGACGAGAGGUGCAGGACUAGAGACAUGAUGUUAUGCACCUAUAAAAACCUUUACAGCCUCCACGAGAAGUGGCUUGAGAACAUCGCCAUUUCAGAAUAUGUGGGCAACAAUAAAGUAUACAACCAACCAAUUGGGAAUCUUAACUUGAACACUACAAUACCACACUCUUCAAAUAUAAUUGAUUUAGCACUGGUCAAUCUGAAAUUGUCAGAGAAUGUUAGCAGUUCUAAUGAGAAACCGGAUAUCAGCUAUCUUGAUAAUUUACCGGCUGAAACGGAUGGCGAGAAACAUGCUGAGAAUAUAAUGGCCAUGCCUCUAGAAGUAAAGAAGGUGAGUGAAGAACCUGUAAACGCGCUGGUGCACCACGCGUACAACAGCAGCAGCAGCACUCCAAGACCUAUAGCCUCGUGUGUGCACUGCAACAGCAAGGUGCAGUUACUGUAAGCUUGGGUAGAAAAAAUAUCACAGCACUUAACCAUUGCAGUUCCUGAGGUACUAUCGCGGUGGUUUUCUAUUAUAACGCAGCGUACUACGUAGGCGAACAACACGCGAACGCAAAGCGAUGCGGCGCGGGGUGAAUCAAUCCUUUGAUACCUAUAGAAGUGUCCUACGUGGGCGAUCUCGUUGCGAACGCGAACGCCGCGGGCCCGCCGCGCCGCUUCGCGAGUUGUUCGCUUACGUAAGACGCAGCGUGAGGUCGCUUAGGGACUGUGUUACCCUUUUGACCGCCACGACUAUUUUAUAUGACAAGCAAUAAUAAACUUUAUUAGAAUGUAAUAAGGUUAUUUUUACACUGUAACUUUUCUCGACUAGGCCGACAGUGGCGGUCAAAGGAUCUCACUUAAAGUAAGACCAGUCUAUUCUAUUUUAUCAAAUACAUCCAAUCUUUUAAUCAUAUCAGUGGUAACUAUUUAAAAUUCUCGCGGAACGUAAGUAGAUACCUAAUAUGCCUAUUAUGCAGACAUUGACGUAAUAUAAGUAGGUACCUAAAGCUAGACGCGUUUAGUACCCACGACAUGAGCCAUCCAUGUCAAUACAUACGACGAACGUAUUAUAGAAGCUUCAUAUACUUAUUUUAUCAUGUGUAGAUAGAUAGAUAGACAGAAUUACUCUUUAUUGGCACACCUCAGUAAAAGAUACAGCUUAGGUAUAGAAAAACAAUUGACUAAAUAUAGAGGCAGACAACAGGCGGUCUUAUCGCUAAAGUAUAUCGCGUAGUGUAGUAUAUUGUUGCCUUAAAAAAAGCCAAUGAUGAUGUUAAUGAUGUUUAAACUUGGAGAAUCUCGAUUCGAUGCAUUGUUGAUGUCGAGAAAUUUUAAGAUUUAUUAAACUAAAUUAGUUAGUCAAUUAAUGCGAGCCGAGGAAUUCCUAGGUAUGCUGCCCGAGGCAUUAUUGGCGCUUUUUCAGAACUGCUACGGAAUUGAUAAUAUACAUACAGGUGUUCCAGAAAUAUUAAGUUAUGAAUACUCCCUUUUCUUUGGAUUUUUAUUCGGGUAAUUGUGAAAAAUUCACUGUCGGGUUAUUCCAAAAAUGGACUCUAAUAUGAUGGAAUUAUAGGCGAUUUUAGAAAUUAGCAGAUAUUUUGAAAUUACCCGAUUACACCUUAUGCCUGACGCGCACAAAAAUUAUCUACUUUUACCAAUUUUAGAGCAAUCAAAUAUGAUUUAGAGGUUGAAUUAUACCGCAUUAAAAUUAUAAUCUUAAUUUUUAGACAAGUUUAUAAAAUAAUACUUAAAUAAUUGAAUUAAAUUAAUGGAUGAGAUUAUUGUUUGUAGAGGCUAAAAACCAUCACUUUCAACUUUGACUUAAACGUGUCCAAAAAAAGUGCGCAUGGCGGCGCGAAGAUAUAUUUGUUCGUAAGUUAAAAAUUACGUUGGUACCUGGUAUUAACAAUUAUAUCUUGAUUUUAAGUAGGCGACAUGCUUUAGACUUGAAGAAUUUUGUAACUUACAAGUUGUUAUUGAUUGUUACCUAAACUCGAGUAAAAGCAUAAUAUUUUUUAUGAUAAGAUAAACUUUGUUAUUUUCUUUGCUAGGUACUUGAUGUUAUUUUUACUCGGUUGUAAAACAAUGUCGAACGUUGAUUAAUAGGAAAAAACAAUCAGAUUAUAUGUAAUUAUAAACGCAAUUUGGUGGGUGAUUUAGGAUUAAUGGCUUGUU